ACAACAUAAUAUUUAUUCUAAAAUAAUGUAAUAUUCGAUUUGAAACAUUUUUUAGUCUUUUGAUGUAUGAAGAGAAGGUAUAGAGUGCCAUAUACUCCUAAUAAUUUGCCAGAAAUUGAAGAUAUUAAUUUAAUUUACUUAUGUACCAUUUCGAUCUGUGUUUAAAGGUGACGAUGGAGGGAGAGUCGUACCACAGGUCGUGCUUCAAGUGCGCGCACGGCGGUUGUCCCCUGACCCACGCCACCUACGCCGCCUUAGACGGCGUUCUCUACUGCAAGCACCACUUCGCCCAGCUCUUCAUGGAGAAGGGCAACUACCAGCACGUCCUCAAGGCCGCCACCCACAAGCCAAAUCCUUCCGCCUCCGAUAACGACGAGGCCGUCGACGACAGCCACUCCGCCGCCGCCGCCGCCGGAGACGACAACCGCGACAAAGACGCCGGUAAUGAGGAAUAAUUAGUGAGUCACCCCACCGAUGGACAGCCACCGUAUAUUGUUUUUCUCUACGAUUAAUUAUCAAUUACUCCCUAAUUAAUUCCCCUUUUUUUC